AUGGUUCCGUCGCUACCUGCGAUGUCGGCGCUCAGUGUUUACGACGAUUGCACGCAAGGUCGACGCCAUGUGGACCCAAUCUUUGGGAUCAGCAAGACGAUGGCGAAAACGUACACGUUUCAAGUUUGCCAGGUUCUCUGCCAGUGCUACUUAGCCGAUGUUGUUGCCAUGCCCACGCCUCAAGCUGCGUGGGAGACGAUUCGUGGUGGGUCCGAAGACGUCGCAGGUGUGCCAAACGCCUACGGCGCUAUCGAUGGAACCCUGAUACCAAUCAAACGGUUUAGGGACUAUGAUGGGUGGAAUUGUCGCAAGGGUUUCCCUGCCUUCAACAUGCAGGCUGUGGUCGACGACAACAUGCGGUUUAUGUUUGUACUCGAUUCGUUCUGGGAAUAA